CAUGCAACUUAAACAAAUCAUCUUCUCUUUGGCUUUGUUCUUUAUUGCUUUCCAAGCUGUUGAAGCAAAGCAACGAUACUUUAUGUGGUGUGGUGAAAGCAAAUCAUUGGAUUCUACUGCUCCUAGUUACGAAUGUGGACGAAGCACCAAUUGGUAUUACUUUAGCAGUGAUAUGCCUGCUGUUGGUGGUAAAUGGGCUUACUACAACCCUGACAGUGAAUACAUCCAACCUUUUAUUAAAUGUUGUAAAGAUGCUGGAAAGAACGCUUAUGUUUCCCAUGUUGAUUGGUACAACUACACUGGUAUCGCUUCCUUGGCUGGUACCAUCGCAAGUCUUCUUGGUCUUGCCAUCGCUGUUGCUGCUUAAAUCUAUUAGACUUUUUGAAACUAGAACAUCACUCUAUAAAGUUUAGCAAAUAAAAAC